UUGGUACUUCUCCUUGCCCUCUCUGGGUCAGAACGGCGCCCUUUUUAUUGGCGCAUCAAUGAUUCUUUAUUGACCACUCAGGCUACCUGCCAACAAAUAGAAUUUUUUUUUACGAACAUACUUCACGGAAAAUGCGGGAUCGGUCUCCUCGGCAGUGCCCCUAUGGGAGGAGCAUAAGGCCACGGUGCGGGGUCAUGUUAUACAGCUGGCGGCGGUCCGGAAGCGCCGACUUUUGGAGCUUCAUUCUCUCCUGGCCUCUGCGGAUGCGCGUUGUAAGUCAUCUCCAUCCGCGGCCCAUAAACGCGCUCAGGACGCUCUGGCGGCAGAAUUGGACUUACUUGCCUCUUCGGAGGCAGAACGGGCCCUGCGCUGGACCAAACACAAAUUUUAUUCCUGUGCUAAUAAGCCAGGCCCGAUGCUGGCCAGGAAACUCAAUUCUGCGGGGAAACCCCAUAAACCGAUUCAACAGACUUCCUACAGGUGGCUGUACUUCUAAUCCUCAGCAGAUUGUUUCCCGUUUUUCAGACUUCCUUUCACGCCUCUACGCUAAACCAGAUCCCUUCCCCGUGGCUCAAGCAGAGGCGUUCUUUCAAGAUCUCCGACUUCCUGGGUUAUCCGAGGCAGCACAGGUGGCACUCAACGACGGUGUCACUGUACCAGAAGUGCUCCAAGCUAUCAAAUCUUUACGGUCCACCGCGGCCCCACGUCCCGACGGCUUUUCCGGUCUUUAUUAUAAGAAAUUCUCAGCCAUUUUGGCGCCCUUUUUGGCUGAGUAUUUUAAUGCGUUACAACAGGGCUCCUCGCCCUCUCCAGAUGCGCUUAGAACGCAUAUCGCCAUGAUUCCUAAGACGACCGAUGAUGUACAGGAACCGCAAGCCUUCCGGCCUAUUUCUCUUCUUAAUGAAGACCUGAAGAUACUGGGCAAGAUCCUUAGUUUUCGCAUCAAUAAAUAUUUGCGUAGCCUGGUCCACAGGGACCAGGUGGGGUUCGUCCCCGGGCGGCAGGCGGGUGAU